AUGGCUUCAAACAAAAAUGGACUUAGAAAUACAAUUCUAAAUAUAGCAUCUAAAACCGGAAAUCUCAUACUUGUGAGCUCUAUCAUUGAAAAUGAUUGCAACGACGAAUGCAGGUGCGAUAUAGAAGCAAAGAAUAAUAAUGGAAAUACUCCACACAUUAAUGCAUUAUUAAAAAGUCAUCUUGAAGUUGUUAAAUAUCUUAUAUCUGUUGGGGUAAACAAAGAAUCUAGGAGUAAAUAUGGAAAUACACCCCUUAUUCUUGCAUCAAAAAAGGGUCAUACUGAGGUUGUUAAAUAUCUUAUCUCUGCUGGGGUUGAUAAAGAAGCAAUGAAUUAUGAUGGGAAAACCGCACUCAUUUGGGUAACAGAAAUGGGUCAUCUUGAAGUUGUUAGAAAUCUCAUUUCUGCUGGUACUAAUAAAGAAGCAACAUCUAAAAAUGGAAAUUCUAUACUUGCUUUGGCAUCAAGAAAUGGCCAUCUUGACGUCGAAAUUUUUCUUAUCUCUGCAGGUGUUGAUAAAGAAGCAAAGAAUAAACAUGGAGACACUGCACUCAUAUGUGCAUCACAAAAUGGCCAUCUUGAAGUCGUUGAAUAUCUUAAUUCUGUAGGGUUGUUUAAAGAAUAA